GCUCCUCCCUUAGCCUUGGGCUUGCAAAUUCCAAAGAGAGCCCUAUUGGCCUCGCUCCUUAUACUCAACAUGCUCAUGGCAACUCGCGUCAUUCUCUCCCGCUCAGUCUCCCCACUCCUCCUCAAGCGAGCUCCUUAUCCCCAUUUUACCCCUAAACGCUUACCCAAAUCCCAUCCCUGUCCCCUCUGGUCGUCUUCCUUCUCCUUCUGCCUCACUCUCCUCCCUAAACCCACCCCCACAUCCCCUCCCUUCAACUCCCGACGACCUCGCUCUUCCCUCUCAAUGGCCGCCUCUGCUGCCGUCGACGAAUCUCUCUCCUCCAAUCCUCUCCUCCGGGACUUCGACUUCCCUCCCUUCGACGUCGUUGACGCCUCGCACGUGCGACCUGGAAUUCGAGCCCUAUUGAAGAAGCUCGAGUCUGAUUUGGAGGAGUUGGAGCGCACGGUGGAGCCUAACUGGCCGAAGCUGGUGGUGCCGUUGGAGAAGAUCGUUGACCGGUUGACUGUGGUUUGGGGAGUCGUCAACCACCUCAAAGCUGUUAAGGACUCGUCGGAGCUUCGUGCUGCUAUUGAAGAAGUGCAACCGGAGAAAGUGAAGUUUUAUCUUAGGUUGGGACAAAGCAAGCCGAUUUACAAUGCGUUUAAAGCAAUUCAAGACUCUCCUGAUUGGAAGACAUUGAGUGAUGCUCAGAAACGUAUAGUUGAAAACCAAAUAAAGGAGGCAGUUCUUAGUGGAGUUGCCCUUGAGGAUGAUAAAAGAGAGGCUUUUAACAAAAUUGAACAGGAACUAGAAAGACUGUCUCAAAAAUUUGGGGAGAAUGUUCUGGAUGCCACAAAGAAAUUUGAAAAGUUAAUCACCGAUAAGAAAGAAAUUGAUGGAUUGCCAGCUACUGCUCUAGGAUUGGCUGCACAAACAGCAGUGUCAAAGGGGCAUGAAAAUGCGACUGCUGAGAAUGGGCCUUGGGUAUUUACAUUAGACGGUCCAAGUUUUCUCUCUGUUAUGCAACAUGCUCGAAACCGGUCUUUGCGUGAGGAAAUAUACCGUGCUUAUGUAACUCGUGCAUCUAGUGGAGAGCUGGAUAAUACUGCAAUUAUUGACUCAAUCUUGAAGCUUAGGUUGGAAAAGGCGAAGCUUCUGAAUUACAACAACUAUGCUGAGGUAAGCAUGGCAACCAAAAUGGCUACUGUUGAAAAAGCAGAAGAGCUUCUAGAGAAACUUCGAAGUGCUUCUUGGAAGGCUGGAGUUCAAGAUAUGGAAGACCUUAAGAAUUUCUGCAAAAGCCAAGAUGCUCCAGAAGCUGAUGAUUUGAACCACUGGGACAUUAGCUUUUGGAGUGAGAGGCUUCGGGAGUCCAAAUUUGAUAUCAACGAGGAAGAAUUGCGCCCCUAUUUCUCCUUGCCAAAGGUUAUGGAUGGCCUGUUUAGCCUAGCGAACAAGAUUUUUGGAAUUGACAUUGAACCAGCCGAUGGUUUAGCUCCGGUUUGGAACAAUGAUGUUAGAUUCUAUCGUGUCAAAGAUUCUUUUGGGGAUCCUAUUGCAUAUUUUUACUUCGAUCCCUAUACUCGUCCAUCUGAGAAAAGGGGAGGUGCGUGGAUGGAUGAAGUACUUGCUAGGAGCAGUGUAUUGUCACGUGAUGGUACCUCUCCAAGGUUGCCUGUGGCACACAUGGUAUGCAAUCAAUCACCACCAGUGGGAGACAAACCCAGCUUGAUGACCUUCCGCGAGGUUGAGACCGUCUUCCAUGAAUUUGGUCAUGCACUUCAGCAUAUGCUGACUAAGCAAGAUGAGGGUCUUGUUGCUGGUAUCCGGGGGGUAGAGUGGGAUGCUGUUGAAUUGCCCUCACAGUUCAUGGAAAAUUGGUGUUACCACAGAGACACUUUAAUGAGCAUUGCUAAGCAUUAUGAAACUGCGGAAACCCUUCCAGAAGAAGUAUUCCUGAAGCUUCUUGCAGCUAGGACUUUUCGUGCCGGCUCCCUAAGCCUUCGACAGAUAAGAUUUGCAAUUGUAGAUCUGAAGCUGCACACGGAUUACAUACCUGGUGGGUCAGAAUCCAUUUAUGAUGUUGAUCAGAGGGUUAGUGAAAAAACACAAGUGAUCCCCCCACUUCCAGAAGAUAGGUUCCUUUGUGGUUUCAGCCAUAUCUUUGCAGGUGGAUAUGCAGCUGGGUACUAUAGUUACAAGUGGGCUGAGGUCUUGUCUGCUGAUGCUUUCUCUGCAUUUGAGGAUGCUGGAUUGGAUAAUAGCAAGGCUGUAAAAGAAACCGGAAGCAAGUUCCGAGAAACGAUCCUUGCUCUUGGAGGCGGGAAAGCACCGCUGGACGUUUUUGUGGAAUUCCGAGGACGUGAGCCUUCACCGGAGCCACUGCUCAGGCACAAUGGCCUAUUACAAGUUGCUACUGCAUGAAUAUCAUGUCAUUAACAAGCUUUACUGGACUGCGGGGAAAGACUUGCAGGCUUGAUUACUUGGUCUUAAAAAAGUCUGGGCACUGCUAAAUUUGAAACACCCGUCAAUUGUCUUAAGCCCAGGGGAACUUGUUUGGCAGUUACUGUCAGAAAAUGUUCUUGCAUGAAGCUUCACUCAUUUUAAUAAGAAUGCUUUUACUCAACAAACACUUCCAAAAUUGCAAGAAAGAAAGAAAAACAGAAAAGUCGUUGUUCCUGGGCGUCA